AUGAAGCGAACGAAAUCGAAGCGGGCACGGACUAAUGGCGGUAAUAAUAACAAGCCGGCUGCUGGGUCGCGGCGGUUGGGCUACUCCGCGAGCGAGCUGGUCGAUCGAUUGAGCAGGAUGUACUCGCUGGCGCCGAGCAAGGCUUUCCAGCGCGAGGUCGCCGUGGCGCUGAGGCGCGGGGUCGACUACGGGAUUCUGGUCAAGUCGCGCCAGCGAUACAGGUACGAUCCCGAGCACUCGCUGAGGGCGUCGCUGAGGACGGCCGGGGCGCCGAGACGCGGCAAACGCGGCAAACGCGGCCGAGCCGACGAAACCAAGGAGACGCGGCCGAGGGUACCGCGGCCGACGGUGCCACCGCCGCCCAGCAUCCGGCCCCAGCCGAGGAUCCUCACCCGCGAGCCCGCCACCAGGAUCAUCAAGCACUAG